AUGGUCCAACUCGCCCACAUCUUCAAAAAAGACAAGGACAAGGAGAAGGAGAAAAACGAAGACUUACGUUCCCGAAAUUCCUUUUCCCGCAGUGCUUCAUCGCCGACACCCUCCAGAUCUCCGACUAAAUCCCAGUCUUCUUCCAAGUCACCCUCCAAGUCCAAGUCCGCCAAGUCAUCCUAUUUCUCCCACAGUCGGACUUCCUCCACCUCCAAACCGUCCAAUUUCAAGUUUUCCCGGUCUUCGCGUGACCAGGAUACACACCCACUUAAUCUCCCACCCGACGAGCUACGUCGUCGAUUAUCCGCCAUGGCAUCCAAGGAAGAGCAGCGAAGCUCGAUGGAUAUCGAUUCCCAGGAACCUCAGAAGAACGGUGUGAACGGCACUGAAGAGCGCAGUCCGACCCCGCCACCGCACCAGCCGAACUCAGCAUCUGCCGACGAGGCGGAUUCUUUCAAGCUGGCCGGAAACAAGUUCUUCAAGGAUGGAAACUACCACCGAGCAAUCCAAGAAUAUAACAAGGCCAUCGAGAUCAACCCCAACUCAUCCGCCUAUCUUUCUAACCGAGCGGCGGCCUACAUGUCCGCUAGACAAUAUGUGAAUGCGCUCGAGGAUGUCCAACGCUCCAACGAGCUUGAUCCCAAUAACCCAAAGAUCAUGCACCGAUGGGCCAAGAUUCUGACGAGUCUGGGGCGCCCCACAGAAGCCCUGGAUGUGUUGUCCCGCAUCCAGCCACCCGCGACUGCGACCGACCGGGCGGCCGCAGAGAAGAUGCUGCGUUUCGUUACACAAGCCGAGGAGACACUGGCCGACGACCGCGGAGUAUCAAUGGUGAUCUUCUGUUUGGAUCAGGCGCGGCAAGGCCUUGGAAAAGGGGUCCGGGAGCCCCGCAAGUGGUCCCUUCUGGCCGCGGAGGCCCAGCUGAGGCUGAACAACAGCAACUCACUGGGCAAGGCCCAGGAUAUCGCCAUCUCUAUGCUGCGUGAGAACAGUCAGGAUCCGGAUGCGAUGAUGAUUCGUGCCCGCGCCUUCUAUGCCCUCGGUGAGUCCGAGCAGGCGCUGAAGCUUCUUAAGAUGUGCAUCGGGCUGGACCCGGAUAUGAAGCCAGCUAUCAAGCUGUUGCGCAUUGUGCAGAAGCUGGCUCGCACAAAGGAGGAAGGAAACUCCGCCUUCAAGGCCAAGGACUACCGCCGUGCCAUUGACCUCUGGGCCCAGGCUCUCGAAGUUGAUCCCUCCAACAAGGAUAUGAAUGCCAAGAUCCUUGGUAACCGUGCCCAGGCUUACAUUAACCUGAAGGAGUACGAUUCUGCCGUCCAGGACUGCACUGAGGCUCUCCGUCUCGAUCCUGGAUAUGUGAAGGCCCUGAAGCUUCGUGCCAAGGCUCACGGUGGUGCCGAUAAUUGGGAGGAGGCCGUUCGUGACUACAAGAGCGUUGCCGAGAACAGCCCUGGCGAGAGGGGCAUUGCGGAGGAGAUUCGCCGUGCUGAGUUUGAACUGAAGAAGUCGCAGCGCAAGGACUACUAUAAGAUCCUGGGAGUCGGCAAGGAUGCCAGCGAUCAGGAGAUCAAGAAAGCCUACCGCAGGUUGGCCAUUCAAUAUCACCCUGAUAAGAACCGUGACGGGGAAGCGGGCGACGAAAAGUUCAAGGAAAUUGGUGAAGCUUAUGAGACUUUGAUCGAUUCUCAGAAACGUGCCGCUUACGAUAAUGGAGACGACCUGAUGGACCCGGCCGACAUGUUCGGCGGCGGCGGUGGCUUCGGCGGCGGUGGUUUCGGUGGUUUCGGUAUGGGAGGAAUGGGCGGCGGCGCAAGCCACGUCAACAUCGACCCCAACAUCCUCUUCAACAUGAUGAACGGCGGCGGUGGAGGCUUUGCUUCCGCCGGCGGCAACCCCUUCGGUGGCCACUCCCACGGCGGCGGUUUCCCAUUCUAG